AUGUAUGUAUCCAUCAAUCAAUCAGUAUGGUCGCCGUCAACUCUCCGGUCACCACCCUCAACCACCACCAGAUAUGUUCGAUCCGUUUUUGAUAAAGUGGCGAAGAUGAGUUUGGGAACGGCGGAGGAUGACUCGGGAACGGAAAUCCAUCUCCCAGCUGACAUUGAUUGGGAGAUGCUCGAUAAAUCAAAGUUCUUCUUCCUAGGCGCUGCCUUGUUCUCUGGUGUCUCCGGGAUGCUGUAUCCCAUCGUGGUGCUGAAAACGAGAAAACAAGUCCUUGUAAAAGACAUGCCAUGCUUGAAGCUAGCUGUCUCCAUCUUACGACAUGAAGGUUGUAGAGGUUUUUACAGGGGUUUUGGGACAUCGUUAAUGGGUACUAUUCCAGCCAGAGCUCUUUACAUGGGGGCAUUGGAGAUGACCAAGAGUAAUGUCGGUUGUGUUACAGUGAAAAUGGGGUUUUCAGAGGCAAAAGCAGCUGCCAUUGCUAACGCUGCAGCUGGGUUAAGUGCAGCCAUGGCUGCCCAAAUGGUUUGGACACCAAUCGAUGUUGUGAGCCAGCGACUAAUGGUUCAAGGUGGACAUGGUGCACAGAUUAGAUACAAUGGUGGAAUUGAUGCAUUUAGGAAGAUCAUUCAAACUGAUGGUGUUCGAGGGUUAUACAGAGGAUUUGGGAUUUCAAUCCUGACAUAUGCCCCAUCAAAUGCAGUCUGGUGGGUGGCUUACUCCAUGGCUCAUCGAGCUGUGUGGGUUGGGGUUGGUUGUUACUAUCUGAAGAAAGAAGGGAAUGGUGGUGGGUUUACGCCGGAUUCUAAGGCGGUGGUGGCAGUGCAGGCGGCAAGUGCCGCCAUGGCUAGUGGGUUUUCGGCGGUGGUGACAAUGCCAUUGGAUACAAUCAAGACAAGGCUGCAAGUUUUAGAUGGUGAAGGGAGUAAUGGGAAGCCGAGUGUUGUGCAGACAAUAAGGAAUUUGGUGAAGGAAGGUGGAUUGAGUGCUUGUUACAGAGGAUUGGGGCCAAGAUGGGCUUCAAUGUCUAUGUCUGCAACUACAAUGAUCACCACCUAUGAGUUCCUCAAGAGGCUAUCUACAAAGAAUCAAGAUUGCCAUGUUUAGAAAAAAGAUACAGGAAUAAGGGAAAAGAAGGGUUGUGUUGGUGUUUGGUUAAAAGUUAAUUGCUUAAAAGUUAUAACCCUUUUUUUUUUUUUUUUGAUGAUGAGUAUGAGUGUUGACCAGGUUGGUG